AAUGAUCACCGACGUUCACCUGGCACUUCUCUCUAAUGCUCUUGGAGUAAUUCUUUUCCUUCUUGUGGUGCUUUUCCAUUAUAUUAAUGCAAAUUAUUCUAAAUAAAUUUCACAAAUUUAUAAGCUUUAAGUAUAAGAUGUAAAUAUAAAAAAUACACUUUUCUAUUACAACUUUUUUA